CACCCUCUCAUCUAUUUGGUGUAAUUUAAUAUUUUAAAGUCAUUUGUUGAUGAAGGUUUUGACUGACGGGAUGUUUCAGGGGUUUAGCCUCAGCUUUUUAAACGCAGUGAUCUCUGCUGUGUGUGCACAUGUUUCACAGUGAGACACAAACACCUGAAACACUCAGACAGCUGCAGCACAGACUCUGCACAGGGCACAGCUCAGGGAACUGCAGGAAGCGGAGGCAAGGGCCCUCCUGCCCUCCGUAGGUCCCUUCGUAGGGCCCUACUGCGGAUUUCCUACAAGUUCUCAGAUGUCAGACACUCAGGGGGCUCAUGUUGCCUUCCUCCUCCUCCUCCUCCUCCUCCUCGGAAACGGGAUGUGAUGUAAAUACACAGAAAGUUUUUUUCGUCCCCGUCUCUGUGGAGUGUGCAGCUCCUCCUCUUCUUCUUCUUCUUCUUCUUCUUCUCCUUCUUCUUGUUCCAACACUUUGUUGAAGGAAAACUCUCCGAAGAGGACCUCAGAGGCGGACCGUGACGCGUCGGACGGAUUCGGUCACCGUUACUUUGCUCCACCAUGAUCCUGUAAACUCCACCGACAGUGAACCCACCGACCCGCCGGACUGCGCUCCGACACAGACGGAUCAAACCGGAGAGAAGCUCGCUGCUGGUGUGGAUCCGGAGGGAACCCGCGGACAGAGAUGUAGCAUGUGUGUUGGUGUGAUCUGCGGACCAUCAUGCACCUCUUCCUGCUGCUGAUCCUUCAAGCCACAGCAGCCUUCGGACAGAUCGACCCUGCACACUGUCGCUAUGCCUUGGGCAUGGAGGAUGGACGGAUUAAAGAUGAUGACAUCACAGCAUCCAGCCAAUGGUACGAGACCACAGGACCACAGUACGCCAGGUUGAAUCGUGAGGAGGGGGACGGCGCCUGGUGUCCUGAGGGACAGCUGGAGCCUUCAGACAGUCAGUUCCUGCAGGUGGACCUGGGCAGGUUGACUUUCCUGACGGUGGUCGGGACUCAGGGACGAUACGCCAGGUACUCCGGGAACGAGUUCGCCCGAGCUUACCGCCUCAACUACAGCCGGGAUGGCCUGCUGUGGAAGUCCUGGAGGAACCGGCUGGGGAACACGGUGAUGGAGGGCAACAAAAACGCCUACACCUCUGUCAUCAACGACCUCCACCCUCCGAUCAUCACCCGCUACGUCCGGCUGAUCCCGGUCACCAAACUGUCCACCACCGUCUGCAUGAGAGUGGAGCUGUACGGCUGUCUGUGGGAGGACGGUCUGAUCUCCUACAACGCUCCGGAGGGUCAGCUCAUGAUGCCGCCUGGUUAUCCCAUCGCCAGCCUCAACGACUCCACGUAUGACGGAGCACACGAGAGGAGGAGGCUGUUAGGCGGGCUGGGUCAGCUGACGGACGGUGUGAUCGGCCUGGACGACUUCCUGCUGACGCGUCAGUACCAUGUGUGGCCCGGCUACGACUACCUGGGCUGGAGGAACGACUCGCUGGGAACUCAGGGAUUCGUGGAGAUGGAGUUUGUGUUCGACCGGCAGAGGAACUUCACCUCCAUGAAGGUUCACAGUAACAACAUGUUCGCCCGUGGCGUGAAGAUCUUCUCCACUGUUAGCUGUUGGUUUAAGCCCCGCCUCAUUGCUGGCUGGGAGCCAGAGCCCGUGGCGUUCAAAACGGUGCUGGACGACAGGAACCCCAGCGCCCGCUACGUCACCGUGCCGCUGAACCGCCGCACAGCAAAGUCCCUGCGCUGCCGCUUUUACUUUGCUGACGUCUGGAUGAUGUUCAGCGAGAUCUCCUUUCAGUCGGAGGACACCGUACUCCCGACCCUGAUGCCCCUGGGGUCGACCUCCCCUGUAGUCAAGGAGGACAGUUCCACGACAACCAUGCCUGUGACAGCAGCCAAUCCAUCAGCCAGUGACCCGCCUGAUGACGGGAACACGCCCAUUCUGAUUGGCUGCCUGGUGACCAUCAUCCUGCUGUUGGUCAUCAUCAUCUUCCUCAUCCUCUGGUGCCAGUACGUCUGCAAGGUGCUGGAGAAGGCUCCACGUCGGAUCCUCGACGAGGAGGUGACGGUUCGGCUGUCGUCCUGCAGCGACACCAUCAUCCUCCAGACCCCCCCUGUGCCCCCCCGCUCUGGCCACGCCUCCACAGGCCCCGCUAACACUGACCCUCACUAUGAGAGAGUUUUCCUGCUGGACCCGCAGUACCAGAACCCGGCGGUGCUGAGAAACAAGCUGCCCGAGCUGUCUCAGAGUGCAGAGGCCUCAGCUCUCCUCCUCGGUAAUCCUCUCUAUGACCUCCUCCUGCUGACUUCCUGUCACAUGACGCCAGGCUGGCUGCGUGCGUGUGGAGGAGGCUACGCCGAGCCUGACGUCACCCAGUGCACGCCACACCAGUGUUUCCACAGCAACGCGCCGCACUAUGCCGAGACAGACAUUGUGCGGCUGCAGGGCGUCACCGGCAGCAACAUGUACGCCGUCCCCGCCCUCACCGUGGACUCACUCACCAGGAAGGACAUCUCUGCUGCCGAGUUCCCACGGCAACAGCUGAUCUUCAGGGAGAAGCUGGGGGAGGGGCAGUUUGGAGAGGUCCACCUGUGUGAGGCCGAGGGGCUUCCAGAGUUCCUCGGCGAGGGGUCUCCUCUCCCUGACAGAGACGGCCGUGCGGUGCUGGUGGCUGUUAAACAGCUGAGGGCUGACGCCACCAGCCAAGCCAGGAACGACUUCCUGAAGGAAAUAAAGAUCAUGUCUCGUCUGAACGACCCCAACAUCAUCCGUCUGCUGUGUGUGUGUGUGUCGUCCGACCCGCUGUGCAUGGUGACCGAAUACAUGGAGAACGGAGACCUCAACAUGUUCCUGUCGCAGCGGGAGAUCGAGAGCACGCUGACGCACGCCAACAACAUCCCUUCAGUCAGUCUAUCCGACCUCCUCCACAUGUCAGUGCAGAUCUCGUCAGGGAUGAAGUACCUGGCGUCUCUGAACUUUGUGCACCGCGACCUGGCCACCAGGAACUGCCUGCUGGACCGCCGCCUCACCAUCAAGAUAGCCGACUUUGGGAUGAGCCGGAACCUGUACAGCAGCGACUACUACCGCAUCCAGGGCCGGGCGGUGCUGCCCAUACGAUGGAUGGCCUGGGAGAGCAUCCUGCUGGGGAAGUUCACCACGGCCAGUGACGUGUGGGCGUUUGGUGUCACCCUGUGGGAGAUCUUCACUCUGUGUAAGGAGCAGCCCUACAGCCUGCUGUCUGACGAACAGGUCAUAGAGAACACUGGCGAGUUCUUCAGGAACCAGGGCAGACAGAUCUUCCUCUACGGCCCUCCGCUCUGCCCACCUUCUCUCUUCGAGCUGAUGAUGCGUUGUUGGAGUCGCGACAUACCCGACCGACCCACCUUCGAGGGACUUUACCAAGCCCUGAGGCCCCAUGUCAACCAGUGAGCCGAGGCUGCUGGGAAGUACCACUCGGCGAGUUUCUCCAUCUCUGGACUCCUUUAAGACGACAGACUGACACGACAGGACAGAGGACUGGGAUUGUGUGCAAGAGAAAGCCUCUGUCAGAGGGAAUGGCAGAACUGUGGUCAGGAGGUGGGUUUGCUUUGUGGUCACAGCAGCGCUCUGCUCUGAGAGACAGCAUGGAGGAAGGAGACAAGGCGGGUCAGCUCAGAGGAGAUCCAAACCUUUCAGUCAUUGGUGAACGAAGAUUUCUAAGCUUUUUACAGAUUUCUAUCAUUACUGAUUUCACAGUUUCGUCCAUAUCUUUAAUGCUCCUUUGACCAAAACGUCUCGUCGGACCUUUUGACAUAUCUUUUCUUCAUGUUGUUAUGGUGCCAAAGGUGCCGUAAACUUUAUUUUCUUCUUCUCUUUGGCUUUUUAAGACGCCAAAAACUGGACAGACACUUCAGCCUUGGUAGUUUCUCCUGUCCCUGUGGUUAUUAUUAAUAUUGUAAAGCACUGUCUGUGUCUCUCAGUUAUUCAUGUUCAUAUAUUAACCCACACUGGAGCUAGGGUUAGGGUCAAAGUGUAGUGUAGUUUUAUUUUUAGAUUUUUAUUCUAUUUUAUUUUUCUUGUUUUACGGUAUUUCACUUUUGUUGGUCUUUUUUGUGGAUAUGAAUGUUGGUCAGCUGAGGGUCACAUCACGGUGCCGACAGGCUGCGAUGAAACCUGUGUGGUUCACGGACUGAAAAUCAGUCGGUGGGUAAUUUAAGGAGAAAAUCUCGAGUGACGGCACAUUGAAACCAAAUAAGUAAAAAAGUGUUGUGCCUUUUUUGUUGCCAUAGAGAAAUAAAGAAUUUAAGUGAUAAACAGUUAUGUUAUUUUAUUAAAUUUGUAAAAUAAAAAAAAAGAAAUCCUUUGUAAAUGGACUGAACCUUCAACAUCUGCCAGUUGGUGGAUCUUUUUAUUCAAAGUGCCUUACAUUUGUAGCAUGAGUGGUACCAGUGGGAAUAAGCCAACGUUAACAACACGGGUACACAGAGGAGUAUCUAAUGCAAAGAUCUAAUGUCAAGGUUUUAUUUACCUGUGUCUGUGUUUGUGCUGGGGCCUGUAAAAUGUAUGUUAAGUGUGUCUAUGUCUAUGUUGGAGCCCAGAGACCUGUAGGUGCGUGUUCUUUGUCUCCAUCAGCCCGGUUCUGCCUUGAUGGAGCUGCGUUUGGCUUGCGCCCCCAAACAUUAGCCAGCUAGCCGUAAAGUAUUACAGGUUGAAAUCCCGUACUCAGUAGUUUCAUCAUUAGAAUCAAAGAACUUUGAAACAAAUGACGAACUGUUCAAAUUAAGAUUAUUCACCAUGCAAAGUCGAGGACGUCGCAGCAUGUAGGACAAUAAUUAACCAACACGUUAGCUGUCUAAAGAGCUAGCAAGUUCUUGUGUUGUAGAUAUAUCCAACACGUUCUCAUCCCAGGUUGUCAAAUGCCAUCACUUUCUCGUUGUAAGACUCACCUUUUAGCGUGUGUAUGUGAUGCACUGUUGCGUCCUGGGUAAAACUCGUGAUUAGAUUGAGGGAACAAAACUGCUUCUGCAUCAGUUUUGGACGUUCAGAGAUGACGUGCACGUUAAGCUUGUUACACGCAUCGUCUCUUUUCAAAAUAAACUUACAGCGUAGGUAAAAAAAAAAAACUGUUUUUAGGUUUACUUCGUUAAGUUCAGGCAACAAAAGAACAUGGUCAGGUUUAGAAAAAACAUCAUAGUUAAGCUUAAAACAAGUGAUUCUAAUGUACGUCACUUGCACAGCUUGCAACACAUGCUAACACACUACGUCAUUAUUGAAACAACUCGAUUGACUUUGGUUUCCCAAAAGACUAAAAACAGUGUGCUCCCGUGUAAAAUUCUGGAGUUUGUUUGUCCCAUCCACCUCCCCUCCUGCCCGGAGACUUUCUCACAGUUUACACCUUAGUAGUUGCCGGAGCGUCAUUACAGUGCUGUGCAGGUCGUUUCAUACAGCAGCAAAAGUUUGCCUCCGUGCGUGUCUAACGUUGACGGGCCGCUGACCAAGCUUCGCUAUUUCACAAAUUGGGAGUGAGACAGAUAUUCUCCUCACCUGUCUUGUUUUUGAGAGCACUAAGAUGAGACUAGCUCUGGUCUGAUUUUAAAGACAUGCUACAGCAGCCAAUCAAGGUAAAAUCUCGGCGAGUGGAGACGAGACACGACAUGUACAUUUUGGGCCGAACGUAGCAGAACUACUGUGUAAGAAAGGGACCCUCUGAGCUGAGGGCCAAUGAGCCACUAGAGACUGAGGGGGAUGAACAGAUACACCUUGGACAGAUGGAGCCAUCAGACAAGUCCCGCCUCUCACUGCUUUAACCAGCCAAUCACUGCAGCCAGUCCUACUGCCCUCUGUUUUCUGCCGUAAGAGGGCGCGAGUCAAGGCCUGUCUUGAACUCCAUACUGAUUUUUUACAGCAUAGCAUUUAAGAGUUUUGUUUACAGAACUGAUGAUGAUGAGUUUUCCAAACAUGUACUGAAGCAUUUCGCCAUAAUGUCCGGAUAACUGAGGGAUCGAGCGUCAGCCAUGGAAAAGUAAAGGUUAUUGGUCAACACUGCAACUGGACUAACGGAUGCGUGAUCUGUUUUAAGGCUAAUCUUUGUCGUCAGCAUCAUUAUCUAAUGUGUAAAAGUGGUUUUGAAAUUUGAUAAUUUUAUGUCCCAUUCUUUUAAUGUUUUAGUCGCUCUCUUAGUCUCAGUGUGUAACGUGUGUGCAGUAUUUUCAAUCCUCUCAGAUCAAAUUUUUAAAAGUGUAAAAGGUGCAAAUCAACAUCAUCUUCACCAAAGAGAGGGAGGAAGACCAAAUAUGUUCAGUCUGAGUGCAUCUUUCAGUGUUUCUGUUGUUACAGUAGUGUUUAUUUUAUCUGUACUGUAUCUUAACACUUCUACGAGUGUGUACAUGUGUGUGUUUAAGAGAAAAUGAGUGUUGUGAUCGAGUGUAUUUGACAUUCCUUUGAGCACUGGGAGCUAGUUGGGAUUGAAGUGGUUAACCGGAGUUGCUCCGUUGUGCCAAACGAUGUAAUUAAAUGAGGGGGAGGGAUUUUUGUUUUAAAGCAAGAGGACAGAAAGUGAGGAAACCACUAAACUCAAUCUCCCAGAGUCCUUUGCUACAGUGAGCCUGUGUAUUUUGUUGUGGUUCCUUUAGAGAGAUAGACGAGUCAGUGUACAGUGUAAGUGAUCUAUAAUAUCUCAGUGUGUGAAUGCAGAUUAGGUGUGUUAAUUAUUAUUAUUGAUAAUUGAUUAUCUAUCAGAAUUUAUAGUUGUAGCUGUUUCUUUGAUUAUUUCUGUUCUGGGAAGGUGUUGGCUUUUUUCUGUCUUUUUUUUCCAACAGGAUUUUUGAACAUUUCAAACAGAGAUGUCCUGCUUCAGACAUGUAUUGUACAUAGGCUAGUAGCUGUGUAUAUUAAUAUAUUGGGAGUUAGAAACUUUGUGUUCUGUCCUCCCAAGUCAUUUUCACUCUGUACCCUCUCAAGUCUCAGUUUGUUUUCUUAUAAUAAACAGUAAAAUUUGUCAAACAGA